AGAGGGGAGGAUGAGAGAGCCCUUUCCGCUCAUCCGGAACGUCUACCUAUCUAAACGUUAGCCAUGAAGAAGACCUGAUUCAUCUCUGCUGCCUGUUGAAUGACACCUUUCCACCUUAACAUGGCAAACUGGAUCUAAGGAGAGGCUGGAUAUUUGUUCCGACUUUCAGCGAGGAAGCGAAAAGUUCUCUGGGAUAAAGAGGGAGACUGAACUCGGAUGAGGCCAUUCUGGGCCCGAGACAAGAUGGCCGUCAGGGAAGGGACACAGUCUGGCUUUGGCCUGCGGUUCCACGCAGAGCUUGAGCAAGGAGUCCCCCAGCAGAUCAAAAUGGAGGAGGAGGAUACCUCGGAUUCCACCUCGGGGGAAGGGUUGGAAGAAACCCCUUACAUCAUCCAGGCCGGAAGCAUCCGCAAAUUCCUGCAGAGGCCUCCCGGAGACCAGGAAACUGGCAACGGGCUGCUUUGGGAAACCCAAUGGCAGGACUUUCUGAAGACUCUGGAAUACCCACCACAGAUCCUCGAGGAACCCACCCCGUGGGACAACACCAAGUCUUUCCUGGCCUCCUUUGAGCAAGUGGCUGAAGCGUGCCGGUGGCCCCGAGAUGACUGGAUGGCCCAUCUUCUGCCAGCCCUCAGCGGGGAAGCUGAGCAGAUCUUCAGCAACCUGGACACCAGAGACAGGAUUAACUACGACAAGGUCAAGGCGGCCAUCUUGCGUGGGGAUGCCAUCAUCAGGGAGAGGCAGCGCCAGAACUUCCGCUGCUUCUGCUACCAGGAGGCCGAGGGGCCAAGAGGCGUUUACGGGCGGCUCCAGCAGCUGUGCGGUCAGUGGCUGAAGGUGGAGAGGCACUCCAAGGAGCAGAUCCUGGAGCUGCUGAUCCUGGAGCAGUUCCUGAGCAUCCUGCCACCCGAGAUGCAGAGCUGGGUCGGGGAACAUGGGCCGGAGACCUGCUCCCAGGCGGUGGCCCUGGCCGAGGACUUCCUGCAGAGGGCAUAUGCUGGAGAGAGUGGGGAAGAGCAGGUGAGAGUCUAGAUUUUCCAGCUUUGACUUAGGUAAGUUUCUCUCUUCAAGGUUACACCCCUGCUCUCAACAGCAAUGCCUGAUGAGCUUGUUCAGGUAUGAUGAAAGCAGACAAAUAUCCUAGGCAGAGGAGAUGGGGGUUGCUUGCUCAGCAACAAAAAGUUGCAGCAUGGUUUGUUCCUUGUUCAGGUUUCUAGACACUCUUUUCCACUGCGUUUUUUUGGGGGUGGGCAGUGAUUCACUGUAUUUACCGUAUUUUUCGC